GGCCGCUCGUGUCUUUCAUUUUAGGGAAAGUUUGCGUCGGUAGUGGACGUCACGUUUUUUCUUUGCUGACGUUGCAGGUGCUUCAAAGAUCAUGGCCGGGCUGAUGAACGGAGACCAUGUGUCUCCACAGACUAAGCUGGAACUUAUCAAGAGGAAUCUUCAGGAGGUGCUGGGUGAGGACAAAAUUACUGAGAUCCUGAAGGAGAGGGACUUAAAGAUCUACUGGGGCACUGCUACGACAGGGAAGCCCCAUGUUGCUUACUUUGUGCCUAUGUCUAAGAUUGCUGAUUUCUUGAAGGCUGGAUGUGAGGUGACGAUCCUGUUUGCAGACCUGCAUGCCUACCUGGAUAACAUGAAAGCACCCUGGGAACUACUGGACCUGAGGGAAAAGUACUAUGAGACUGUGAUCAAAGCCAUGCUCGAGUCGAUCGGGGUGCCCCUGGAGAAGCUCACCUUUGUCCGAGGCAGCGACUACCAACUGACAAAAGAGUACACAUUGGAUGUCUACAGACUGGCUUCCCUGGUAACAGAACAUGAUGCUAAGAAAGCGGGCGCCGAAGUUGUUAAACAAGUGGAGCACCCUUUUCUCAGCAGCCUCAUGUACCCAGGCCUGCAGGCCUUAGAUGAAGAAUACUUGAAAGUUGAUGCUCAGUUUGGAGGUGUUGAUCAGAGGAAAAUUUUUACCUUCUCUGAAAAGUAUCUUCCUCAACUGGGUUAUGCAAAAAGAAUUCACCUGAUGAACCCAAUGGUUCCUGGUCUGACGGGAGGCAAAAUGAGCUCUUCUCUGGAGGACUCAAAAAUUGACCUCUUGGACACACCUUCAUCCGUCAAAAAGAAGCUGAAGAAAGCGUUCUGUGAGCCGGGGAACCUGGAGGAGAAUGGAGUGCUGGCAUUCGUGAAACAUGUCCUCCUGCCCCUCUUUAAGAAUGAAGAUUUUGUCGUCCAAAGAGAUGAAGCAAAUGGAGGGAAUGUCAACUACAAAGACUAUGCUGCUCUGGAAGCAGACUUUAGAAGUUUGAAACUCCAUCCAGGAGACCUGAAAGCUUCUGUGGAAUCAUACUUAAACAGAUUGCUUGAUCCCAUCCGCAAGAAGUUUGAGAACCCAGAACUGAAGAAGUUGGCCGAGAGGGCUUACCCACCGACUAAUAAGAAGGGGAAAUUGGUAUCCGAAGCGCCCAUCUCUCCGGCGAGAUUAGACAUUCGAGUUGGAAAAAUAAUAGAAAUAGAAAAGCACCCAGACGCAGACAGCUUGUAUGUGUCAAAGGUGGACCUGGGGGAUGCUUCUGGCCCUCGGACAGUGGUGAGUGGUCUUGCCAAGACAGUCCCCAGAGAAGAACUGGAUGGCCGGACAGUGAUUGCACUCUGCAACCUGAAGCCUGCCAAAAUGAGAGGGGUGGAGUCGCAAGCUAUGAUCCUGUGUGCCUCCAGGGAGGAGCCACAAAAAGUUGAACCUCUCAGUCCACCAGAAGGAUCUAAGCCUGGAGAUAGGGUCUUUGUGGAAGGGUAUGAAGAUUCUCAACCAGAUGAGCAGCUCAACCCAAAGAAGAAGGUUUGGGAAACGCUACAGGCUGACCUCCGUACAUCCGACAAGUGUGUGGCACAAUGGCAGGGUAACAACCUGGUGGUAUCAUCUGGGCAGACAGUGACGUGCCAGUCUCUAAAAGGCGUUCCCGUCAAAUAGAACUGAAAUCGUCUUCGAGACAACAACUUGUGAUAA